AUGUCUUCAUUCAAUCCUUUAGCAAUUAUUUUGAGCCAAAAACCUAUGGAUGGUACCAAUUACAAACAAUGGAAAACUAAUCUUAAUAUUGUUCUGCAAUACGAAAAGUUCAACUUUGUACUGACCACGCCUAUACCAGCGCAGCCUGCUGAAGAUGCGCCUAAGGUAAGCAUGGUUAAGAGUGGAGCAGCUAUGCUCCUGACUCUUGAUGGCAUGUUUGCUACGUCUAGCAGCUCUGCUAGGCAGAUUGCGCUGAAUGCUGUCACUAAGACAGUAAUGUCUGGAGGAAGUGUGUGGGAUCAUUGUUUGUCAAUGAUUGCAAACUUCAAGAAGGCUGAGGAUCAUGGGGUUAGGUUUGAACAAGAAGUGAAAGUUGACCUUCUCUUACAAUCGCUCCCUGAUUACUUCAAUCAGUUCAAGAUGAACUAUAAUAUGAACAAGUUGAAUCUUGAUCUCACUCAGCUGAUGCAUGUUGCGACUUUAGCAAGU